CACAAGGACCUGUACAAGGAGGCCAUGAUGGAGGAGCACCAGCCUCUUAUAUCACAAGAGAAUUCCAGUAAAAAUAUUAAGGGCAAAGCUAUAUUAUCACUAAAUUAUAAAGAAGAAGCUGAAGAUAUCAAACAGUGCUCUUCAGGAGAAAAACUCAUUACACUUAAUGUAUACCCAAGACUUCAGCGUACGGAUGUAUUAUAUAAUCCCCCCACUCAUGAGGAACUUUCUUCUAACCAAUUACAGAUUGUUACCAAAAAUACAAGUCAGAAAGGGGAUAAAAGGUUUCAGGGUGGUAAAGAGUGUACAGAACAAUCAAGGCUUUCUACACGCGGAAGAAUUCACACAGCAGAACAUCCAUACUCCUGUUUAGAAUGUGGGAAAUGUUUUACAAGUAAACAACAUCUUGUUAGACAUGAGAGAAGUCACACAGGAGAGAAACCAUUUUCAUGUUCAAAAUGUGGGAAAUGUUUUACCCGAAAAUCAGGUCUUGUGAAACAUGACAGAGUUCACACAGGAGAGAAGCCAUAUUCUUGUUCAGAAUGUGGAAAAUGUUUUACAGAUAAAUCAAGUCUUGUUAUGCAUGACAGAGUUCACAAAGGAGAGAAACCGUAUUCAUGUUCAGAAUGUGGGAAAUGUUUUACAUAUAAAUCACAUUUUGUUAAACAUGAGAGAAAUCACAGAGGAGAGAAGCCAUAUUCAUGUUUAGAAUGUGGGAAAUGUUUUAUAGAUAAAUCUUCUCUUGUUAGACAUAAGAGAACUCACACAGGGGAGAAGCCUUAUUUAUGUUCAGAAUGUGGAAAAUGUUUUACAGAUAAAUACAGUUUAAUUAGACAUAACAAUAUUCACAAAGGAGAGAAGCCAUAUUCAUGUUCAGAAUGUGGGAAAGGUUCUAAACAGAAAUCAUAACUUGUUAGACAGCAGAGAAGUCACACAGUAGAGAAGUCAUUUUGAUGUUUUAUAUGUUGAAAAUGCUUUGUAAAAAGGAAGUAAAAUUCUCAAACAACAGAUCAGAAGAAACUAUAUUGUUUUUUUUAGAUAUGGGAAAUGUGAUAAGAGCAAAAAAUAAUUUUAAAACCAACUUAUUCACAGACGUUAAAGAGGACCUUUCAUGGGUCCAGACUUUAUAAAAUAAGUAUCAGUAUCAUCUGUCCAAUCAUAGCGGAGAGCGUCACAGCCAGUGAGAAAAAAACCUCACAUUCUCCCUGGCUGUGACGCUCUCUGCUGCGAUUGGACAGCGCUACAGCCAGGGAGAAGGAGACGCCCACAGAGAAAGACUGCGUCUUUUCCUCAUUGCACCAAUGCGAAAAUUAGCAUACAGGGCAGGAGAAUUUAAGGGGGGCCACAGCGGGCGAACGGAGCGGCGCCCAAAAAAAAUAGUGAGCGCUAUUAGAUUCACGCUGUAUGCCCUACAUACCCUGAUACUUAGUUUAUAAAGUCUGGACCCAUGAAAGGUCCUCCUUAAGUUUCAGGCUACAUGUAUCACAUUACUGCAAGUCUCAGAACAGUCUCACAACUUGUCUGCAACUUGUCUUUUAGCUAUUUUAAAACCGGGAUUUGGCGGUAAAAAAUUUCUGCCAAACUGCACAAGUUGUUGCACACGACUUGCAUUGUGUUCUAUCAUGAGAAAUCAAUAUAAAGAAAAAUAAACGUCAUGUCGUUAUGU